GACUAUCAGCUGUUGAUCCCUCUGCUGACAGUAAAAACAGACAUGCCAGUUGCUUGCUGCCAAUAACAAUGACCAUGACCCUUCAUACCAAAACCUCUGGCGUUGCCCUGCUGCACCAGAUUCAAGGUACUGAACUGGAGACUUUGAGCAGACCUCAGCUGAAGAUUCCCCUGGAUCGGUCGCUCAGUGAGAUGUAUGUGGAGAGCAACAAGACAGGGGUUUUUAACUACCCAGAAGGCACCACUUAUGACUUUGCCACUGCCGCUCCUGUGUACAGCUCUACUAGCCUCAGUUAUGCCCCUGCUUCUGAAUCAUUUGGGUCCAGCAGUCUGGGAGGGUUUCAUUCGCUGAACAAUGUCCCUCCAAGCCCUGUGGUAUUCUUACAAACGGCGCCACAGCUCUCGCCCUUCAUCCAUCACCACAGCCAACAGGUACCCUACUACCUUGAAAACGAUCAGAGCAGCUUUGGGAUGAGAGAAGCUGGCCCCCCAACUUUCUACAGGCCAAGCUCAGAUAACAGGCGACAGGGGAGCAGGGAGAGGAUGUCCAGCACCAGUGAAAAGGGCAGCCUGUCCAUGGAAUCCACCAAGGAAACCCGCUACUGUGCUGUGUGCAAUGACUAUGCUUCAGGCUACCAUUAUGGAGUCUGGUCUUGUGAGGGCUGUAAGGCCUUCUUCAAAAGAAGCAUUCAAGGGCACAAUGACUACAUGUGUCCUGCUACUAACCAGUGCACCAUCGACAAGAACAGGAGAAAGAGCUGUCAGGCCUGUCGGCUGAGAAAGUGCUAUGAAGUUGGAAUGAUGAAAGGUGGGAUCCGAAAAGACCGCAGAGGCGGGCGUAUGCUGAAACACAAACGUCAAAGAGAGGAGCAGGAUGCCAGGAAUGGUGGGACUUCUUCUACUGAGAUGAGAACCCCCACCCUCUGGACAAGUCCUCUUAUGAUUAAGCAUAGCAAGAAGAACAGUCCAGCUUUGUCCCUUACAGCCGAGCAGAUGGUUAGUGCCUUGCUGGAAGCAGAACCACCCAUAGUCUAUUCAGAGUAUGAUCCUAACAGACCUUUCAGUGAAGCCUCCAUCAUGACCCUGUUGACCAACCUUGCAGACAGGGAACUGGUGCACAUGAUCAACUGGGCAAAAAGGGUCCCAGGGUUUGUAGAUUUAACACUCCAUGAUCAGGUACAUCUACUGGAAUGUGCCUGGUUAGAGAUACUGAUGAUUGGCUUAAUCUGGCGUUCAAUGGAACAUCCAGGAAAACUCUUAUUUGCACCUAAUCUAUUACUGGACAGGAAUCAAGGGAAGUGCGUAGAGGGCAUGGUGGAGAUCUUUGACAUGCUGCUGGCCACUGCUGCUCGGUUCCGUGUGAUGAAUCUCCAGGGGGAGGAAUUUGUGUGCCUUAAGUCAAUCAUCUUGCUCAAUUCAGGUGUAUAUACAUUUCUUUCCAGCACCUUGAAAUCUUUGGAAGAGAAGGAGCAUAUUCAUCGUGUUCUGGACAAAAUCACAGAUACAUUGAUUCAUUUAAUGGCCAAGUCAGGUCUCUCUCCAGAUCAGCAACACAGACGACUGGCUCAGCUCCUCCUCAUACUCUCCCACAUCAGGCACAUGAGCAAUAAAGGGAUGGAGCACCUAUACAACAUGAAGUGCAAAAAUGUAGUCCCUCUUUAUGAUUUAUUGCUGGAAAUGCUAGAUGCUCACCGAUUGCAUGCCCCAGCCACCAAAAAUGCUCCCCAGAUGGAAGAAGAGAAUCGGAGCCAGUUGACAACUGCAUCAACUUCAUCACAUUCCUUGCAGUCCUUUUAUGUAAACAGGGAAGAUGAGAAUUUGCAAAAUACAGUAUGAGGGUUCACAUGUUAAAAAAGCCUAUAAGAUUCUGAGAAUCCCAACAGCAUACUACCUAGUUCAUACAUCACUUUAGCUAAAUUGCCACACGUGUAAACACUCCAAUAGGCACCAGUGAUUUCCAGUCUGACUGUUCAUUGAUCACUUGCUAAAAUCCUUAAUGGAAGAGGUUUUGUUAUUACAGAUGGCCUGCAAGGAUGGGAGGCCAACUUAAUUUGAACUGGCUCUUAUUUACCCCAUGCAUUAAUUAGGGUGGGGAUUCCGGUAGCCUUUGUCAGGCCAAGAUUUUGGGCUUUGUUGACCGUUUGCUGGGAAUCAUUUGAGCCUGGGCCUGAGCUGAGUUUGAGUAAUUGAUGUUUCCACUGAAAGGUUGAGUGGCUCCAGGAUGAGCCACAAGGAAGCCCCACUAAAGACUAGUUACACAGUUCAGAUCUUGGUAGAUUCUAGCCUGUCAUAUUCGCACAAAGUACUCCUUUCUGAAAGUAAUAUUGUUUUAAAAUUUCCCUUACUGGCUGACAUCGGCAGAUGUUUCCCCCUUCAAGAAUACAUAGAAUUUAUAUCCAGUUGCGGUUAUAUCAUCCAAUGGCCAUACUGGAUUGAAUGCACUCAAUCUUCUCUGAUCUCAGUCCUGGGGUGGGUAGUACUUUGUUAGGAAGCCAGCUGGGAAACGUGUGCCUUUCUGUGGAUGUGGUGCCAUUGCCUUUAAUAUUAAUAAGUGUUGUCAAACUCUAUUGAACUCACCCAUCCAUUUAUUUUGAGGAAGCUUUAUGGCUUGUAUUAUACAGGAGGUCAGACUAGAUGAUCAAAAUGGUCCCUUUGGGCCUUGGAAUCAUGAAUGUAUGUAAUUUCCACUGAUACUAAUAGGAGUUAAAACCACUUACGAAGGGCAUCUAAUAAAGGGGAAGAUAAACUUUAAUCUUCCCUGUACUGGGUACCGUUAAAAAUUAGGUAUUUACCACCCUUUCUAGUUCAGUUGAUUGCAGUAUCUCACAUUCUAAUUAAACAUUGCAAUAGAUGAUCAUUUCUAAUGGUCUCCACUGCAACAAAAGUAGAACUCCUUGUAUGCUGAUUAACAACUCGCAGUAGGGAAGAACAGACAUAGAGAGGGACAGUACAAGUUUGCGCUGCAAGCCAAGGGCCUAAUAUACCCUCAGGCAUGUGCAUCUUGACUUCAGUGGAAGUUGGUGGGGGUAAGGAGGGAAGGACGGGAAGAGGUAUAUAUCAGAACACAGACUUUUGUUCUAAAUCUGCAGGUAACUACUAGCUGCAUGUGUGGUAUUUUUUUCAGACUCCCUAGGAAGCUAGUGAGCUCUCAACUUGUGAAGCGCUUUCAUCUCAUCUUAAUUUAAUAACCCUCUUGCUAAUGCAGAUCACUAAUUUAGUUUCCAGUAGUCUCAUUUUUUUUGUGACUAUGAUAAAGCACCUGUCUUUGUGCUUAUGCAGAGAAAGCAUUGGUCUUUCUUUGCAAUUCAUUACCCAAAGGCCACUGGGGGCUCCUAAGUAUCUUGUCCAAAAUGUACACAUUUUUAUUUUCAUUUUGUAGCAAUUUUUUUUUGUUGAGAAAAUCUUGGUGUACUGUAUAUUAUGGACAUAAAUAAGCAGAGGUGAAGAUCUGAAUGGGCCAUAGGAAUCUUAUACCUAAGUUUAAAAGACAAAUGUCACCCAGUUGUAGCCCAGAGUUGCCCAUCAAAUAUAGUGUGUUAACAACUUCCAUGUUCUUUGUAAUAAACUAGACAGAGCUCCUCUAAACUUCAAAGUAUCUAAAUUAACGGCUCCUUCUUUGGUUCUCCCAACAAAUAAGCACACUGGGUCAAAUUAAUCCUUGGAUGAAUUUAAAUAAAUGAAUUUGGGCCACGGUUGGCAUCUGGAAACAGAGCGCUGGAUUCUGAUACUUUAGCUGUGGUGAGUAGCACCCUCAGCUGCAAAUUGUCCACUGAAGUCAAUGAGCCUGCAUAUAGAAUAAAGUGCUACCCAACAUAAGGAAGGGUACCAAAGCAUGGCCCAGACUAUUAAAAAUGAUUUGGCAAAUAGGGGUGCACACCAGCAAUUUGGGAUUCUUUGUUAGCCUUGGCCUUUGCAAUAAGACCUCAUUUAGUUCAAAUGUACAUUGUAACAAAAGCAGUGGGAGCCCAAGAGAGAAAAAUAAUGAUUUCCCACAAUACAUACUUUUAACUCGGAGGCAGUGUCUGUGAUUGACAUCAUUAACUUGUUCAAAACUUAAUUUUUUCUUUAAAAAGCACCUUAAAUAAUGUUAUAUAUAAAAGAUGCAUUGCUCACAUAUCAGACAAUUGAAUGUAGCCAUUCAGUAAACCCAGUUGACAAAGUCUAUAAUACAUCAAACAAAAUAUGUUUUCAUAUGCUUUUGAGGUACCAUAUUACAUAUGUAGUUAUUUGUGCCUGAGGCUAACUGAUUGUUAGCUUAUAUGAUGAUUAUAUUUCAUAUAUACUUUUAUAUUUGCAGUAGAUAAGCCAGCACUAACUGCGAUACCUAGUACUGGAUAUGAAAAAGAAAAAUAAUAUCCUGUAGUGACUACAUUUGAGAAGGAAAAAUAUUCAGGGAAGCUAAUUAUGCUUUUACCAAACAAUAAUAGAGCAGAUGAACUUGCUUUGCAUAGCAAACCUGUUGCCAUUCAAAUAACAGUCAUUUCAAGAAGUUCAGGGCACAUGUGAAAGUAGUAAUGUGAACUUGCAGACUGUCUCAGGUAAAACUCCUAUGAAAGACAACAGGAGUGGUUCUGAAGUAAAAAUAAAACAAACAAACAAAACAAGAGCAAUUUCUUGGUGUUUGUGGUGACUUUCCUGAUUUUUCCUUCUUGUACAUUUAAGAGGUUGGUAGAUUAGAAAACAUGUCACUAAGGAAGAAAGAAUGAAUAGCUUACAUUUCUACUGAUAAUGCAAGGUCAGUAUGUUUUGCAGUGGAAGCAGUAGCUCUCAUACUGGAGUCAUGAUCUAUUUCAAUAAUUGAUUACCGCUAUUUUAAUUCUUAAAGAGUUGUGCCAAAAAUGAAACCAAACAUCUAAGAAUUAGAACUGUUUCCACCAAAAUCCUGCCUCCUGGAGUCAAUCUAACUACAGACUUAAAUGGGAACAAGAUAAGUCCCUGUUCUUGCGUGUGUGUGUGUGUGUAUAUAUCUCUAUAUAUAUAUCUAUCUAUAUAUAUAUAAUAUCCUACUUUUAAAACUAGGAUGCAACCCAAUUUAAAACUAGCAGGAUUGUGUGGAUGCAAACACUAAGGUAAUGACAGCAGAAUUAGUGUGAUCAAUUAUUCUACAUUAUGUCAGCUAUUUUGAAAGCUAUUUACAAAUAUAUUACAUCUUUACAAACUGAAUAUUUUUGUAUUUAUGAAGUUAAGGCCAGGUCUUAAUGCAUAGUAUGCGUAGCUAGUACCCAAAAAUAUACCACAAUUUCAGAUUGCCUUCAGUGAUUUAAAUGUUGGGUACCAAAAAUUCAUAUUUCAUUAAAAACCUUUUCUUUCUACUUGCAUUCUCUUUUUUUUAUGUUUUAAUUCAAAUGUAGAUAUUUUUUAUGUCCUAAAGGUUGUUUUCUAAUUGAUUGUUGCCUUUGUGAGGGCACUUCAAAUUUUGCACUGUCUGUAAGAGAUUUUUUUUUUAAAAAAAGCUCAUUUUUUGCAUUCAAAGGUGCCUAAACUUUUAAAGAAAUAUAUGCUGCCAUAUUGCAAUCUCCUCUUCAAUGAGUGCUCUGUAUCCCUGUGCAUCUCCAAUAAGUAAUCUGUUUUCAUUAAACAAUGACCAUCUGAGAGUGAAAAGAAAGAAGUUGCUAGUCACAAAGACUUGCAUUAAAAAGUCACUUUAUGCUCCCUUAUUGUGUGUGUAUAUAUAUAAAAAAGAAGCUUCUUUUGUGCACUACCUAUUUUUUCAUUGUAGAGCCCUUUCUUUAGUACCAGGUUCAAGUGCCAUAAUGUAUUUGUUAGAUUAUUCUGCUGAUGCGUAUACUGUUUUUGACAUCUUCUUGUUUUGUUAAAGUUUUGCUAUGUUACAUGAAACACACAUUAAACCUCUUUUGCACCUUGAAACAAAUGUUACAAAAGACUUAAAAAAAAAUCCAGCAGCAUACUUGACCUGUCCAAGAUUUUCUCAAC